AUGGAUGCGUAUCUGAGCGAUCGCACCGAGUUCGAAAAACGUUAUUACCGCACAAAAGGUAUACUAAUGCAAUUUAACAACGUAUCAUCUCGUCAACAACACAUGCAAAACCCACAACGUGAAUCCCCGAGCCAAAUGAGCUGCAUAAAACUGCCGGAUGUUAAAUUACCCGUAUUCAAUGGACAGUUCGAAAGUUGGCUAAAUUUCCACGAUUUAUUUGAUUCGCUCGUCCACUCUUCAACGAAUCUAUCAACCAUCCAGAAAUUUUACUAUCUACGGUCUUCUCUGGCUGGUGAAGCGUUAAAGGUAAUUCAAACAAUACCUAUAACAAGUGAUCAGUAUGCUGUUGCAUGGAAGAUGCUCGUUGACCACUUUUCAAACCCUCGGCGUCUGAAGCGUAUAUACGUUCAAUCAUUGUUUGAAUUUUCCACUAUACGAAGAGAAAAUGCAUCGGAGUUAUAUUCACUUGUAGAAAAAUUUGAAACCAGCGUAAGAGUGUUGAAGCAGCUAGGUGAACACACCGAAUAUUGGGAUGUACUUCUGAUUCAUCUGCUAAGUACGCGGCUAGAUCCUGUCAGCAGAAGAGACUGGGAAGAAUAUGCGGAAACGCUUGAAAAUGUCACUUUCGAUGAAAUCGUUCAAUUCUUACAACGUCGAGUCAAUGUACUGCAGUCAGUCGUUAUUAAACCUGCUGAAGUACAACAAUUUAACGUGAAAAAGAACUGCAUUCAACGGUCGGGAAACAUCGGAACAUUCCAGAAUGCAGCACGUGAAUGUACAGCUUGUUCGGGUCAACACUCUCUUUAUCAAUGUAGCGCACUUUCCAAAAUGUCCGCAGAAGAGAAGGAGCAAUUUAUUCGACGUAACCAACUUUGCCGUAAUUGCAUGCGUCGUGGUCAUGUUCUGAAAGAGUGUCCAUCAGAAAGCAACUGCCGCAAGUGUGGAGGACGACAUCACACUCUGUUGUGUUCCGCUCAAAGAUCAGUUAAUUCAAAACAAACAGCUUCAAUUCAGCAAUCGCCAGUUAUUAAUCAACCCAGUUACUCGAAGGGUAACGAAUAUACCGUAUCAUCAACGCCGGUAGUACAUACAGGAAUCACGAAUUUUACAAGAAAUGAUAGAACUAGUCAUAGGGUGUUAUUAGCCACAGCAAUCGUCCUGUUAGUCGACGACAACGGUGUAGAGCAUCCUGUUCGAGCCCUGCUUGACUCUGGCAGUGAGUGCUGCUUCGUUACAGAACGUGUGAGUCAGCGGAUGUACAUACAUCGCAAAAAGGUGAAUCUUCCAAUCGCAGGAAUAGGACAAUCCUCAACGCAAGUACGGUUUAUGAUCCGGUCGAUGCUCAAAUCCCGACAUAGCAACUAUACUGCUGAGAUUGAUUUUUACGUUCUUCCGCGGGUUACUGUAGACUUGCCUUGCAUCUCAGUAGACAUAUCAACAUGGAAGUUUCCAACCGGAAUUCAACUAGCCGACCCUUCGUUUUAUGAAUCGAGUAACAUUGAUGUAGUUAUAGGAGCAGAGAUAUUUUUCGAUAUUUUCAAACCAUCGGGACGACUAUCAUUGGGCAACUCAUUACCAUGGCUGAUAAAUUCAACGUUUGGAUGGAUAGUCUCCGGCAACACACAUCAAAAACAUGCGAAUACAUCAUUUACCUGUAACAUUGCCACUACAGCCGAUUUGCAUCGUGAUAUGGAACGAUUUUGGGCCAUCGAGGAAGAUUCGAUGAAAGCUUUUUCACCUCAAGAAACCGCAUGCGAAAGUUAUUUCACAGAAACAACAAUCCGGGAACCAGAUGGUCGAUACACGGUUCGCCUUCCGUUCAAAAAGGAAAUUGUUCACAACCUAGCGGAUAACAAACAGACAGCACUACGCCGCUUCCGUCACAUUGAAAACCGUCUCAAUCGGAACUCGAGUCUUGCCAUGGAAUACCGAGAUUUCAUGGAAGAGUAUUUGUGGCUUGGUCAUAUGCAAGCAAUCAGUGAAAGCCAAAUCACUACACAGUCAUCACACUUUCUACCGCAUCAUCCAGUCAUUCGAGAAGAUCACACAACGACGAAGCAAAUUCCAUACCCAACUAAAACAAAAAAGGAAAUGAACGAAGAGAAACUUUCCUUCAAUAACACCGGACAAGUUGAGCUCCAAGUCCCACCACCGGGCGAUAUAAUCAUCAAAGAUGCUGUUACACCACCAUCACAACCCGCAGCAGCAGAAGCAGUAGCGGGGAUUUCGCAAGAAAAAAAAAUGGGGGAGCGUGAAAACAUCAUCAAGGGAGUCAAAGGCGCGAUUGAGUGGAAGAACGAAAAACGAAGAAAAAACCAACGCAAAGUUUUCCUCCGUAGCGGAAUCUAUCUGCAAACACUAUUAAUCGUCUGCAAAUGA